CGAAAGUGCGUGCCAAGUGUUUUUAUUGUUUAUCCUUAAAUGUUUUGAAUCUCAAUUAUUUAUCUAUUUAAUUUAUAGACAUUUUGAAUUUAUUUGUGUCUGUGGUACUACUACUUUUUGUUUUACACGUUGUUAUCGAACUUUGCGCUGGUAAAAGUGAAGCCAAGUUUCGAAAGCAUAAAAAUCUAAUUAGUUCGUGAAGCUUCCAUGCUCCUUCAAACAGAAUGGACGAUAUUCUCAACCAACCUAGUUCAUCGAAAGGCAGGCAGUAGCCUCCGGGGCGGCCGCCGCGGGCAGCGCCAAUCAUGACGCGCUUUAGCCACGACAGUGCGCCUAACGCGAGCUCGGCACCGCCGUAUGAGCUGACGGCGAGCGCGGGCAGCUGCGCCGACGCGGGCGGCGCACUGCUCCCGGCGCAGCCGCACCAGCCACACUCCUCGCAACCGAGACAUGACCCGCGCAAGAGAAAGGACAAGCACUUUGGCGCUGACCGAUACGAGAUGUCCAGCUGCGAGCCGAGCCUGCACGCCCCGGCCAUACCCUCCUCCCCCAGCUCCCACCGCAAGCGCAAGGGAUCAUCUUACGGCGCGGGCAGCGCGUGCGACGACGACGAUGGCGACGACACCCGCUCCACCCUCACGCUGCCCGACAAAAAGCAAAACCACUCCGAGAUAGAGAAGCGUCGCCGCGAUAAAAUGAACACAUACAUAACGGAGCUGAGCGCUAUGAUCCCGAUGUGCGGCGCGAUGGCGCGCAAGCUGGACAAGCUGACGGUACUGCGCAUGGCCGUGCAGCACCUGCGGUCCGUGCGCGGCGCGCUCUCCGCCUGCCCGCUCACCGCGCGCCCGCGCCCCGCCUUCCUCUCCGAGCGCGAGCUCAACGAACUGAUCCUGCAGGCGGCGCACGACUGCUUCCUGCUCGUGGUGGGCUGCGACCGAGGCAGGCUCUUGUACGUCUCCGCCUCUGUCAAGAGGAUGCUCCAAUAUGAUCAAUCGGAGCUACUAGGACAAAGCCUGUUUGACAUCCUACACCCAAAAGACGUGGCUAAAGUGAAGGAACAACUAUCUUCCUCAUACCUCAGCCCUCGGGAAAGACUUAUCGACGCAAAAACGAUGUUGCCAGUGAAGGCGGACCUGGUGACGGGCGCGUCGCGGCUGUGCCCGGGCGCGCGGCGCUCGUUCCUGUGCCGCAUCAAGUGCAAGCUGGACAGCGACCCGCCGCCGCAGCCCGCGCUCGUCAAGGAGGAAGACUCGGCCAAGAUGAGGAAGAAAGUCAACGAGAAGAAGUUCUGCGUUGUUCAGUGCACAGGUUACCUGAAGCUGGCUGCGCCGGUGGAGGUGUGCGCGGUCGCGGAGAGCGGCGACGACGGCGACGGCAGCAUGUCGUGCCUCGUGGCCGUCGCGCGCGCGCUGCCCGACCCCGCGCCCGCCGCGCCCAGCCCCCCCGCGCCGCCCACCAGGCGCCUGCAGUUCGUCUCCAGACACGCCACGGAUGGGAAAUUUGUCUUUGUUGAUCAAAGAGUGACACUGGCGCUGGGGUUCCUCCCGCAGGAGCUGCUGGACACGAGCCUGUACGAGUACGUGGGCGCGGGCGCGCUGGGCGCCGUGGCGCGCGCGCACAAGGCCGCGCUGCUCAGCCGGCAGCCGCUGCUCACGCCGCCCUUCACCUUCCGCCGCAAGGACGGCUCGCUCGCCAGGGUGCAGACGCACUUCAAACCUUUCAAGAACCCGUGGACCAAAGACAUCGAGUACCUGGUGGCCAACAAUACUAUUCUGGGCGAGACCGACGCCGCGCUCCUGCCCGACUCGGAGCUUGGCUCCUUUGACGUCUAUAAACACAAGGCGAACGUCGGAGAGGCCGGGGCUUCGACCAACGAAGGCGCGAGUGACUUUCAGAGUGGGGUUUCAGAACUGGACCUGGAAAUGCAGCGGCUGAUAGAUUCGCAGGUGGACUCGCACAAGAUCGGCAGCGCCAUCGCGACCGAGGCGCUGCGCCGCUCGCCGCCCGGCUUCUCUCCCGACCUGCCGCCCGACGUGCUGCACGACGCAGUCUUCUUGCAACAGUUUUCGCAGCAAAGAUUGGUGGGCGUCGCUGCGAUGGCGCGUUGGGUGGUGCUGGCGAUAGCUAGCGCUCUGUGCGCCGACGCCGACGCCGGCCGCCCGGCGCGCUACGCCGACUACUCGGCCGCGCGCAUGCCGCAGUAUGACUCGCUCUACGACUCCCGCGCCGACCCCAGAGCCGCCGCCGACGAUUACCGAGACCGCUCAGAUCUUGCUGCCCCAAUAGAUUACAACAGUUAUGAUCAAGAAUCUAAUGAUAAAAGGAGUCCAAAAUCUCUCCAAGAAGAAGAUUUAUAUCGAUUGCCUCAUAGUAAUUUAAGAAAAGCGACUAUAGCAACAGACGAUGUCGAUGCGGAUUAUAAUUUGAAAUCUGAAGGAAGACUUAUAAAAAAUAAAAACAGUAACAAAAGACCGAGAAAUAUUAAUAAAAUAGAAGCGAAUGAUAAUGAGGAUGUUGUUCGUAAACCUAAAAUAAGCCGUAAUGUUAAAAACAUCCAUCAAAGAGCUCACGACGAUGAAGACAAUGAAGACCCUGCAGAUCACGUUGAGGAAGAGCAUGAUUCUGGUUCCGAUAGUGAAAAAAAUAAAUUUGUCCGUAGGGAAGUAAGGCAAAAUGUACGUCGAAAGACUUUUAGGUAUACCAAGUCCUCCCCGAAUGUGAUGAAAAGAGACUCCGACUAUUAUGACCAGGUUGAAGGCAGACAGGGUAAAGAACCAAAAAAAGGUGGUAGCCUAUACAGCGAUUCGGACUUGUCGCCAAAUGUUCCGAACAUAGAAUCAGAUGAUGUUAGGCUUACAGAUAGCAGUCGACCGCUGAGUUACAUGACAGGCGAAGGCAACCAAGACUCGGCAACGCCAUUAUCUGCCAGGCAGAAGGCGCCCCUGCCAAAGCCUAUGAAGAAAACAAAGGCUGAAUAUAUAGACUAUCACGAUAUGAGCAAGAUCGAACAAAUUAAAAACCUUCCUACCCGGAAAACAACAGCGAGGACCAACGGGGGCGCGCCGCGGCGCUGGUCGUUCCGGGACGGCUUCCGCCGCCGCUUCUACAUCACGCCUCCGCAAGACGUGGAACAACCCGCAGAAAUCUUGACCAACCAGCCUCCCGGCAACUCUUCGGCUGCUCCUAACAUGACGACGGCUUCAACAUUGGCUACCGGUACCGAUGAAACUUUCGCCCCACUCUCUAAGGAUGUCAUCGAUAACAUUACGGCUUUCGUGAACAUGUCGAAGCAUCAGUUAUCUUUAGCUGAAAUGUCACAACUCUCUAUUAUGAAAAAAGCUCAAAGGAGGGACAGCGUUAAAGAUGAGAUGCUGAAAGAUAAGCCCCCAGUGUUACUUCAGGUAACUGAGCGGUUACAAACGGUAGUAAUGGUAGAGCCGCCGCCCUCUACACUGGAACCGUGGUUGCGUGCGAGAGACAUCGCUGAGGAUUCUCCUGAGCGCAUUGCAAAAGUGAAGCGUUUCAUGAGGAAUAAGCUAGUUGCAAACGCGAGAAAUAUAAGCGAGCUUAUGGAGAACUGGGACGAUACCGUGUGCGACUAUGUCGACAUCUCGAUGUUGGAUGACAGCGGUGCUGUUUGGAUGCAUCAUACGCACUGUUCAUAUGUAUAUUUGCUGCAACUCAUAGGUUGCGCAAUUAUUGCUUAUUAAUCAUUCUAUUUAUCCUGAUCCACCAUAAUUUAAGAAAUGAUACUCGUUUUAUGUAGUUAUGCACAGAACAGGGGACCUAUUACUAUUACAAAAUUAAAGAAUAGUGGUCGAAUCAUAAGUAAUUAUUAGCAAUAACUGAAGAGA